GCGGCCGGAGGGCCACGCUCCAGCUGCAGGCACCGCGAGCUGGAGAUCAUGUCCGGGGGCAGCAGCUGCAGCCAGACCCCAAGCCGGGCCAUCCCGGCCACUCGCCGGGUGGACCUUGGCGACGGCGUGCAGCUGCCGCCCGGGGACUACAGCACCACUCCUGGCGGCACGCUCUUCAGCACCACCCCGGGAGGUACCAGGAUCAUUUACGACCGGAAGUUCCUGAUGGAAUGUCGGAACUCGCCUGUGACCAAAACACCUCCACGGGACCUGCCCACUAUUCCCGGGGUCACCAGCCCGACCAGUGAGGAGACCCCCACAGAAACCAGGCAGAACCACCUGCGCAACAGCCCAGAAGAGAAGCCGGCAGGUGGUGAAGAGUCACAGUUUGAGAUGGACAUUUAAAGGACCAGCCAUCGAAUUGAGCGAUGCCUCUGGGCCCCUCUGGCCCUUCUCGGGAAGAGUAACACCAGCCAGACCUUUUGCAAGUUUUAAUCCUGGGCAGGCGUUGAGCUUGGGGCCGGCCGGCCCAGGCCUCUGCUCCCUCACUCAGGGCACCUGCUCCCCCUUCCUCUUCGUGAACACCAGCAGAUACCUCCAUGUGCCUCCAUUCAUGCACCCUAAGGGGAGUGACUCUUCAGGAGCACACCCUGCAGCCCAGGGCCAGGAACUGGACAUGGAGGAGCCCUUCUGAAUCAUGGCCCGGCUCUUCCAGUCCCAACCUCUGGGGGCGCACCCACUCCUUUCUUAGGUUGGUGUGUGUGCAAAAACUCCCCUCCCCUCCUUCCCCAAGAGAGGAAAUAAAAGCCACCUUCGCCCUAGGGCCAAGA